UUUUGCCUGAUGUAGGGGAGGGCCACUCAUAGCAGUGACUUUUUUUUCAUUUUACACUCCUUUUCCCUGUUCCCCUUUCCACAAUAGCUGCAAUGUAAUGUUCCAGUAAUGCAAGGCUUUGCAAAUUUGGCUCAAUGAGACAUGGAGCAAACAGCUUUUCAGAGAGCUCAACUCAGCUGUCAGAAGGGGCAGUUUGGUCUCUGUGCAAGCAGUACUUACAUUCCAAACUGCAUUAGGGAAAAGCUGCUGGGUUUUGAUGCAUUUUUAUUAUCAGUUCCAGAUUAGGAAUCUGAUACUAAUUUUUUCUUAAAGCCUGUGUUCAGAGUACAGCUUAUAUUCUAAAACAAAACCAGGAUUGUGAUGUUUUUCUCUCACUAGCUUGCUUUUAUUUUGGUUUGCUUUUUUUCCCUCUCCCUGGCUUUACUCCAAGGACCUUUUCUGCUUUUUGUUACACUCUCGAGAUGAAGUACCGGAUGGUUACAGCAGUGCUGGUAGCACUGGUACAGGUUUCACAGAGUUUCCCUGCCUUGUACCACCGAGGCUGGUGGAGGCUGCUAAGGGAAGGAGAUAGUUGUGGAAAAUGUGAUUUGGCACUCUGCUCUGAGCCCAAGGACUGUCCAGCCGGGGCUGUGCUGGAUCGCUGUGGCUGCUGUCUGGAAUGUGGGAACGUGGAAGGUCAGAUCUGUGACUUGGACCAGGGCAAUCAUUUUUAUGGGCAAUGUGGGGAUCACCUCGAGUGCAGGUUGGAUGCUGAUGAAGCAAAAUUUGGGGAAGUCCCUGAACCCCAGUGUGUGUGCAAAUCUCAAGAAAGCAUCUGUGGACCUGAUGGGAAAACCUACGACAACAUCUGUCAGUUCAACAAGGAUUAUGCUGCGAAAAGAAAUAUCAGCAUGAAACAUAAAGGGCCAUGUGAAUCAGCUCCUGUUAUUUCUAUGCCACCUCAGGAUGCCCAGAAUUACACUGGCAAUGAUGUCAUUUUUGGCUGUGAGGUGUCAGCCUAUCCUAUGCCACAGCUUGAAUGGAAAAAAAAGGGGAACAAAAUGUUUCUGCCAGGAGAUGACACCCAUGUGUCCGUUCAGGCAAGAGGUGGGCCUCAGAAGUAUGGUGUGACAGGCUGGCUGCAGAUUCAAGGCCUCAAAAAAUCAGAUGAAGGCAUUUAUAUCUGCCACACCAAAAAUAAGCAUGGUGCAACAUAUGCCUCUGCAAGAUUGAAAGUCAUUGAUGCCCCGUCUCCUGCAUUUGCAUUUACUGCUGGCAGUAGAAGCGCAAGCUACAGCAUUGAAUACCAGGAGUAUUAUGACAACUCUGAUGAGGAAGAUGAUGAAGAAUAUGAAUCUGGGAACUAUGAUAAUGAAAACAAUUCUGAAUAAUAAUUUUAUACAUCUCUUGUCCAAGUCCUUUCACACUGUUAUAUUUACCAGUAGUCUCUGCUCCGUAAAUGGCUCCUCUGAUAACACACAUACUCAUUUGUGUAUCCACCUUCCUGAAAUGCAGCUUUGGAUGAAGUGUAUCAUGCUACUCACCAGAAGUAAGAACAGUUGUAACAUCAUAUAUUUAGACUAUUAAAUAAAAUGCUUAAGCAUGGACCUUUCUACUAAGUAUGCCAAAGGGAUGCAAUGUUAUAUUCAUUUUUAAAUUAUCUUGUAAUUUCUUUCACACAUUCUAAUUUGUUGAGCAAAAAUGCCAAUAGUUAAACAAAAUUUUUAUUUUGUAUCAAUUUUCUUUUUUUUCUGUAAAGUACUAAGAAAUAUCAAGAGAUUGUUAACAUGGCAAUAAGCCUAAGUAAGUGUGGAGGCUGCAAAACAGUCUUUAAUCUCCUUAGUUGAUGCUUUCUUGUAAGUUUCAGCAGGAUUUUCCUUCUCAUUUGAAAUUUUCCAUGUCUCAUCAAAGGUGAAUUAUCGGUCUUUUGGGGGAUGAUUAUGUUUGUGGUAGUGGGAUUUUGAAGUUUAUGUUUAAGAAAUUGUUUAAAAUAAUUGUAACGGUUUGUUCCUAUUCACCCCUGUUCAGUUUUCCUAAUAGUCUCUCCCCAAAGUUGUUUUCCACCUGCUUUCCUACCUUUCCCCAUAUCAAUCCUGGUGUAUACCUCCCUUAUUUCCAGAUCCCUCCCUGUCCAUCCUCCAAAUCCUGCCCCUGCAGCUUGUCUGUCAUUAUUUGCUACACCCAUUUAUCUAGAAGCUUCGUUGUCAGUUAUGCUAUUUCCUUUCACUCACUGGUAUAUUAAGCAUGCACUCUCCCCUUCUCCUUCCCUAUUGGUUUUAUGUUUACAUAUAUCCACCCCAUACUCCUCCUAUCUAACCCUUGAUUUGUUGUUAGGCUGCCCCACCCCUGGGGACAGACCCCCCUUUAAAAGCCGCUGUUUUUCUCUACCUCACGCCCUUUGCCUCUGCGUUCCCUUCGAGCUGUAAUACUGUGUCACCUGUGCUGCUCCCUGCGCUGGGGAGAAACUGCUCGGAGACUCGAGCAAGGGUCCUUCCCUCUUUCCUUUGCCUCAAUCCUUCGUCGUGGGUCCACUCUUAUGUGAUAAUGUUAUGAAUAAGAAAUUGCUUAUUUCUUAAAGGUUAUAGACUGUUACCUAAUGGCCUAUUAAUCAAUUGCCUGUUGUUCAUCCCCUGUUAACUACCUGUUGUUCCUUCCAUGUUAAUUACCUGUUGUUCAUCCCCUGUUAGAAAUCACUCCCUGUCGGGUUGGGUCUCACCCCUGCUGCUUCCUAGAAAAUGGCACUUGGGACUAUGAGGAGGAAGUGACAUCGAAGGCAGUAUGCAAAUGAAGAAACACACCAAAUCCAGCACCAAAAAAAAACAUAAAACAGUGAGCCACAACGAAAUUGAAGGACCUAAGCCACUGCAAAGGGUGAGCAACUAGUUCUAGUGUCUGCAGGAACCUUUUAAUCUCUCACUCUAACAGAAUGUCGGCUAGAAUGAGGACCCAAAACCACAACUCAGACUUCGGAAGCCUGCCGCUCCCGUGAGGAUAG